AUGAAUUCUGAGUACGCUGUAUGGGUCUUACAUGGAGAGAAUUGGAGUGCAACUUUAGAAAAUGAUGGUGAUGAUGGUGUGGAAAUACCUGAGACGUAUGAAAUUUUUAGGGAUGCAUAUAAUUUUGAUGGUGAAGACAAUGCUUAUACAGAGCCUACCAGUGGAAAUAGAGAGGAUGGGUGCAAACAGGCAUUGGAAUACGCUGAAACUCCAUUAUAUCCUAGUUGCUCGACUUUUACAAUUAUGUCGGCAAUAGUUACUUUAUAUAAGCAUAAAGCUGCUCAUAACCUAUCCGACAUUGGAUAUGAUGAGCUUCUUGACAUUAUUCGUGUCACGAUUCCAUCGGAUAACAGUCUUCCUAAGGGAAUUUAUGAAACAAAGAAGCUAUUGAAGAAAUUUGAUUUAGGGUAUGAAAAAAUACAUGCGUGCGCCAAUGAUUGCUGCUUGUUUAGAAAAGAAAACAAGGAUCUGAAAGCAUGCCCUAAAUGUGGUACUUCACGGUGGAAAACAAAUGCGCAGUCUAAUGUGGUUAGAGAAGGGGUUCCGGCUAAAGUGUUGUGGUACUUUCCAAUAGUACCAAGAUUUAGGCGGUUUUUUCGAUCAAAAGAAAAGGCGGAGCAAAUAUUGUGGCAUUCGACUCACAAAAGUGAAGAUAAGAAGAUGCGACAUCCAGUUGAUUCACUUGCAUGGGAUAUGAUAAAUAAAAAGUGGCCGUGUUUUGCAACAGAUCCUCGAAAUUUGAGACUUGGGCUGGCAGCCGAUGGGUUUAAUCCAUUCGGUGACCUUAGCAGUAAACAUAGUUGUUGGCCAGUGAAUUUAGUUGUAUACAAUUUUAACCCUUUACAAUGCAUGUCUAAAGAGAAUAUGAUGUUGACAUUGUUGAUCUCAGGACCAAAGCAACCAGGGAAUGACAUUGAUGUGUUUUUGGAGCCACUCAUUGAAGAUUUAAAGGAGUUGUGGGAAAAAGGUGUUGAGAUCUAUGACUCAUUAACUAAAUCCAUGUUUAAUUUGAAAGUGGUUUUGAUGUGGACAAUUAAUGAUUUACCAUCCUAUUCAAAUCUUACUGGCCAAGCAACAAAGGGUAAGUGUGGUUGUCCAGUGUGUGCUAAUGACACAUCUUCUCAGCAGUUGCCAUGUAGUCAGAAGACUGUGUACAGGGAUUACAGGCGAUUUCUUCUAUACAAUCAUCCAUUAAGAAAGAAGAGAGCAUGGUUUGAUGGAAAAGAAGAAUUCAGGCUGCCACCUAGAAUAUUAUCUGGUUUAGAAAUUUUUGAUCGUGUAAAGAAUUUUAAAAAUAAUUGGGGAAAGAGUCCUAAAUCCCAAGAAAAAUCUUCCAAUAAGCGGAAGAGGUCCCAAAGAAAACCUCCCCAAGAGAAAGAGAAAUCCCAAGAAGGAAAAGACCCAUUUUGGCCAUGGAAGAAAAAAUCUAUAUUUUUUGAGUUGCCAUACUGGGAGGUAUUACCCAUCCGUCACAAUUUGGAUGUAAUGCACAUUGAAAAAAAUGUUUGUGAGAGUAUUCUCGGCACUUUAUUAAAUAUUAAGGGAAAAUCAAAGGAUGGACUUAAGGCUCGUAUGGAUUUGAUAGAAAUGGGCAUCAGGAGCGAUUUGCACCCAAAGGAGAAAGAGAAUAAAUAUCAAUUUCAAGAGUCGACGUGUGGAUUGCAGGGCAUACUAGAAAGGAUGAAACAUAUAUAA